GUGAUCUAGGGUUUGGCCCACGCGUUUUCCUCCAUGGGUUCUCUCCACGGAAGCUCUGAACCCCGCCAUGAAUGGCUUCAACGAAGCUCAAAACACUGAACGAUCCUUUUACAUUGCCAUAGUUAAGAUAGCAGUUUCUCAAAUUUGUGAAGCCUCAGGCUUCGAUUCUUCUCAAGACUCUGCCCUUGAAACCUUCUCAGACGUGGCCACAAGAUACCUGGAAACCCUAGCUCGUUUCGCCCAUUCUCAUUCCAAUUUAUGUGGCAGGUCACAAUGCAAUAUUUUUGACGCCAUUAAUGCGAUUGAGGAUAUGAGUUCCCCUCUAGGGUUUUCUGGAGCUUCAGACUGUAAUCGUUUAAUUUUGAGCUCUGGAGUUGUUAAAGAAAUCAUGGAUUAUGUUAGUUUAGUUGAGGAGAUCCCUUUUGCUAGGCGGAUACCUCGAGACACCGGUCCUAGAGAGAGAAAGAGGAGCUACCGUAGUUUCAUUCAAUCAGGCAAAGAGUCACCUUUUAGGCAUGUCCCUUUAUGGCUCCCUGCUUUCCCUGAUUCCCUCACUAGCAGAAGUAGUUCAGAGAGAGAGGGUAGAUUUGGGGUUUCUGAAAAGGACUUUAACUGUAAUUCUCUGAUGAUGACUGUUCACAGUGAAAGUCAUAAGCUUGAUUCUAAGGUUUCAUCUGGUUCUAAGUUGAUGAGAGAGAAAGGAAUAGUUGGGGUUUCUGAACUGGGCUUUAAUUGUGAACCUUUGCUGAAUGUUCACUGUGAAAAUCAUAAUCUUGAUUGCAACAUUUCAUCUGGUUCUAAAUUGAAGAGGGAGAAUGGGAUUUUGCCUUGUAAGAAGCCGAUUGUUCGGUUUAAGCUUGGUUCUAUGACUUCGACCAAGAAUUUCAUGUCUGGUUCUUCUAAAUUGGAGCCUAGAGAUUUGAGUUGCAGGGACAAAGGAUUAUGCUGGUUUCCAUUUGAGCUGGAAAAUGGGGUGAAGAGAAUUAGAACAGAUGAUGCUUUUGAGGAAGCUCUUGAAGAUGGAUAGGAAAGUUAAAGUCAGCCUGUCAUGGCUUUACUGUUUUUCAAUGCAUUAACUCCGGUGAAGAAAUCAACGAGUCUCCAAGUGGUGGUCCCAGUAAGGCUUAACACCGUUUAUCAAGGUGCUUAUGAAUAUAUCAUCUUGUUUCUCUCUAUUUUUACUCUCUUGUGUCUUUCUUUGAAUAGAUUGAAAUUUCUCCCUUGGUAACAGUUACCCAAUGAUCAUGGCUUAACCACUUUGGCAGACAUGGAACAUAAAUUUGUGCACUGUCUGACUUGGUGGUGUCAGUUAUUGGUUUCAGAAUGAAUGUGAACUCUUCCACCACAGUUGAAUUUUGAUAAUUGGUCUCCACUAGGUAUAUACUUCAGUAUUGAGAGGCAUCCUCAUUAUGUUAUUGUCCUCUCAUUAGAAUUUGGUAGCGGUGUUCACUUUGUUUUUUCCAAUAGGUUCCACCAGAUGUGAAGUGCCUGGAUGUUGGAGUUAUUUGACAUAGGAAUUUGGCACUUAUCACCAUGCGUCGUGUUCCAAGUGAUGAUUGUAAAUUGAUUGAGCACCAAUUUAUAGCAGUGGAAAAACUGUCAGGUUUAUUCACUACCUAGUUGAAUGUAUUGGUAUCUUGUAAUUCUAAUGG